AUGGACGAUUUCAUAUACGUCGCUAGGGACAGUACCAGUGAUAGUGCUAAACUGGUUGAGAUAUCCAGAAAUCUAGCUGACAGCCUCCGCACCCCUGAGAAGAGGGAUCAGCUGAGCAACUCAGGGAACGUUUUUACAGUUUUAAAUACUCAAUUACAACAAUCUAUAGCAUUGAAUAGUGAUCCACUGAAGCUGGAGAGGCUCACACAGCUUUGCCGAGUAACGGCUAAUAUCUGUCUCGAUAAUGAUACAAAUAGACAGAAGUUACUCGAUGCUGGUGUUCACUCCUCGGUAUUGGCACUACUGAACUCACUCACACCACAAGAAAUCUCAAACAAGUCACAUUCAGUCGUACUCAGGGCUGCAUUUGGUACAUUGCUCAACCUCAGUCAAGAUUAUGCUCCUUCACAAGAAGUUCUCAAUAGCGUUGAUGCCUUAUCAACCGUAUUCAAAUUCCUCAAUAGACGUACUAUUACAGCUGGUGAAUCUGAUACUGCAGUUUUACAUUCUUACAUUUAUGAAUGGGGUUGGCGAAUCGUCAACAAUCUCCUUUCCUCUGAACACGCUAAAGUUGAACCUGGUGUUACUGAAGCUGAAGCUUUGUUCUCUUGGGUUGAGGCAUUCCAGAAUGAUACAAUUACUAAGACCUACACUGGCCUAGACCAAGAUGACGAGCUUCAAGGUGUUUAUGAAGAAGAUUUGUCCUCUUUAGAGAGCGCAACGAUGUUACUUGAGACAUUUGCAUUUGAUUCAGAGACAGUUAGACUUUGCCUUGCUGACCAAAGUAAAUUGGAUGUUCUUUUAGCAUUCGCAGAGACGAAUGAACUCCCGAGAGCGUAUCUGGAGUCCGCCGACAACGCUACCAUCGACGAGUGGUCAAAGAUCUAUGAAGAAUGCAAAUCUGCUGUUGGAAAGUGUAUCGUUGGAAUUAGCAGUGAGGACAAACUCAUGAAUACCCUCUUUGAUCAUGGAAAAGGCUCAUUUGUUCAGAGGAUGUUGAUUUGGCUUAAUAAUGACCAACAGAGAUUGAACAUCAGCGGUACACUGGCAAUUGGAAAUCUGGCAAGGUCCGAAGAGAACACGACCACAAUCGUUAGAGACUUUAAUAUUAUACCACGUCUUGUGGCUUUACUUCAAGGUGACGAUGUUAAAGUCUCCCAUGCUAGUAUGAGUCUGCUGAAGAACUUGUCACUUCCUGUAUUAAACAAGGAAGUAAUUGGUAAGAGUGGUGCGAUUGAAGCAGCUCAGAAGUUCUUGUCAACCAGUUUUGCGCAUGUUCAACCACUUCAAUUUGCUACUGUUGGUUUCUACAAGCAUCUUUGCACACAACAACUUGAGAACACCCUCGCGAUUGUCAAUCAUGACCCACCUAUUCUUGAAGCAAUCAUCACUUUGAUAAACAAGAGCGACGAUGCAGGUAUCAAGAGCGAAGGAACGCGCGUGUUUGUGCAUGGGAUCAAGUCUUGUUGGAUGUCUACAGAUAUAUCUGCACAAGAAGCUAGAUCACGCUUUAUACAGCAGCCAAUAGCCAAAGUUUUAGUGGAACUCUUGUGCAACACUCGCAAAUACCAAAUAUUGACCAACGAGGCUAUCAUGGCACUAACCUUGCUUGCUUCUGAUCCAGCAGGCGCUAACUACAUACUUGAAGAGAAUGAUAACCUUGCAUCUACGCUUAAGCAAUUGUUGCAAGAUCAGAAUGAAGUUAACAAGAAAUUGAAGCUCAACAUCUGUGUCUUUUACUCAAACUUGAUAUUGAAACAGACUGAACAAAAGUUGAACGCGGAAGAGUUAAAGAACUCACUUGAAUCUGAUAUCAAAUUAUUGACUGAAGAUAGUGAUAGCGAGUUAUCAAAAACUGCUGCGACAGUCAUAGCAGCAACAAACGCCAACUAA